AGGGGGGGUUUCGGUGAGGACUGUGGGAAAGGAGCGUGCCAUCGGAGGCAGAAGAGGAAUGUCUGUCUGUCUGUGUCCAUGUCUCUGCUCUGUUCCUGGCUUCAUUCCUACAAAGAGCGUCAAUGUCCCGCCUGCUGUUCCACCUCUGGAUUUAAGUCGACUGGAUUACCGCUUGGACUCUCAGCUCAUUAUUCCAUGCUGCUUCAUUUAAAUGGGAGGCAAAGUUGGACUUGCGUGGACUGCACAUAUGGUGUCAAACGGUUUGAUUUUUUUCACGCUUUUAAGAGAUUCCUAGCAUUCAAAAUGAUUUCACUUUUCUUCAGUAAAAGUGUUUUUAUAUGUCAAAUAAUUUGAGCUUCUUCUCUUUGGUGUUGUCUAGUCAAAGUAGGUUAGUUAUUUUGCAAUACAAUAUUUUGAACUUGGCUGUUGAGGCGCAUUUUAAUGUGAAAGAUGAGUGGGGAAGAGGGGUAGAAAUAUGUCUCCAUCUUCACCUUUUUAAAAGUCAUUCACUCUAACCUUGGUCUUUCUGUUAUUGCUAUAACUGAAAAUGUGACUGUGGCACUUUUUCAUGUGCUCUGUUAGUGUCAGAUUUGAAUUUUUCGUCAGCGGAGGCUUUACAUUAGAUUGCAGGUGAACUUGCAUCUCUUCCAGUUCUUUCCUCUCCAAGGGAACCCUCAAACUAAACUCUUCCCUGUUAACCCACUUAGACGCCUGAUCUCCCCUGUGGGGGCUUCUCUUAACCGUCUGUCCUACUCUAGUUUUUUGAGGAAAGCAAAAGACAAACCAGAAAAGGGGGUACUGGGAAGGAAGACACCCCCCUCCCAAAGCUGAGAGGGGGGGAAGAUGGCAGCUCUCGCCAGCUCUCUCAUUAGACAGAAACGGGCGGUCAAGGAGGAACAAGGAAACCGACCGGUAGCCAACAAACGCAAGCCCUGUCCUAAGAGCAACAAGUCCUUGUGCCAGAAACAGAUCCUGGUCCUGAUCUCCAAAGUACGACUAUGCGGGGGUCGAAAAAGUCGAAACGAGAAAAGACCGGAGCCACAGCUGAAAGGCAUUGUUACUCGGCUAUACAGCCAACAUGGAUACUACCUGCAGAUGCAGCCUGACGGCACCAUGGACAGCACAAGGGAUGAAAGCAGCUCAUUUUCACAGUUCAAUUUAAUACCGGUGGGACUACGGAUUGUGGCAAUCCAGGGGGCCAAGACAGGAUUAUACCUUGCCAUGAAUAGUGAAGGAUACCUCUAUACCUCGGAGCACUUCACUCCGGAGUGUAAGUUCAAGGAGAGUGUGUUUGAGAACUACUACGUUACAUACUCCUCCAUGCUCUAUCGCCAGACCCAGUCUGGCCGCUCCUGGUAUAUCGGUAUCAACCGUGAUGGCCAGGUCAUGAAGGGCAACCGGGUAAAGAAGACCAAAGGAGCUGCACACUUCCUGCCUAAAGUUAUAGAGGCUUCUAUCUUUGUCACACAGUUGCGAUGUAUAAGGAGCCGUCGCUACAUGAGCUCGCCGCUGAACCGGUGAGUCCUCCUCGGAAGACAGCGAAGACGUCAGAUUCACCGUCCCUGAAGAAUGGACGGAAAGAAGCUCCCAAGGCUGAUGCAUCAUAGCACAGGAGACUGAGGGUGGGACAAAGGGGCAGCAGUGACACUGGGAACACAGUCGCCCAUUAUGCACUGAGGGCGGCUGUGGGAAUGGCCCUCACCGGCCACCAUAUUCCAGAAGUGCACUACAUGAUGCUGGAGAUAAAGGGUCAGCACUCCAUCCAGUAGCCAAGAAGGCCUGAGAGAAGAGUCCCCCCCCCCCUCACCUGUCCCCGCAGAAAGGGAGCCCAGGGCCAGAGCCAGAACUACUACUACACCCCCCCCUCCCCCUCCCACCGUUUGUCUCUUUCUCUGCUCCUCCUGUGACUUCCUAAUGCACAGUCUCCUUCAUUUCUCUAUCGUGCUCAAGCUUCUUUGUCCCACUGACAAUUUCAUCUUUUUCUCACAUGCCUACCAACCGCCUGCUCUAUUGUACAGUAUAUUCACCACUCACGCAAUUCCAGCGCUGACUCGGCAUCACAAUGCCCACCCUUGGGCCCCCUCUUGAGCCCUAAAGUUGGUGACAGCGUGGCUCAGCCAGCUUUCCGACCCACCAUCUGCCGACCAGCUAAGCUAAUCACAGAGGGCAACAAAAGCUCAAAGUGGAAUGAAACAGCUCAGAGAGGAAAGAUAUCCGCAGGGAUCCUGGAUCGGGUCAGGUCGGCUGAGCGAGAUGAGGCUGUGUGGACAAAAUAAUGUAUGGCAUUAAAACUAUUUUUUUGUUUUUCUUGUUUGAAUAUUUCAACCAAUCCUGUGAUGAAAAAAUGGGAAUUCAUGACAGUCCAGAUAGAAACGGGGAUAAGAUAAAAACUCAGGCUGUAGAUGAUGAUUAAGAUGAAAGCAAUGCUCAAAAUAUAGGAUCAAAACGAUUGCAAAGCGGUGAUGAUGUUAAAAAAAGAAUGGUGAUACUGACAAGAUCAGGAUUUCAGAAUUCCAGGAGACGUGUAUGAUAGAAAAUGUAUAAAGCUCACAAGAGAGGCACUGCUUGAAUAAGUGUCAUUGAAAAAAAUAA